CCAAAGAAAAUCUUUCAGAAACUAAGAAAAAACAAAAACCUUUUACUCUAGAAAACUAAAAGAAAAAUGGGUGCUAACUACUCAAUUGCAUUGCAUGAAGCUCAUAAUAUGCCAAUCACACCACAAUUCAAGAGGUCUCAAGUCAUUGCUUUCCACUCUUCAACAAAAUGGAAGCUCCAUUUUGAUUCUUUGAAAAAUACAAACAAAUUGGUUGUUAUUGACUUCACAGCUACAUGGUGUGGUCCUUGCAAAUACAUGGAACCAAUUCUUAAUGACUUUGCUGCUAAAUAUAUAGAUGUUGAGUUUGUCAAGAUUGAUGUUGAUGAAUUGGAUGACGUAGCUCAGGAAUAUGGAGUUCAAGCGAUGCCAACGUUCGUGUUGAUAAAGAAAGGGAAAGUUGUUGACAAGAUUGUUGGGGCAGAUAAAGAUGGACUAAAGAUGAAAAUUGAGAAACACAAAGCUAUGUUCAUAUAAGCAAAUUAAACCAAAGUGUGCAACAAAUGUUUGAGCAGAGUUGUAGAAUAAAAAUUCAUAUCUUUUAUCACAUUUUGAUUGAAAUAACUUUGCUUAUGUAACUCAUCUAUGGUUCUUGCUCACUUAUUAUUGUAAACUUCAUUAAAGAGGCUGAUUAAAGCACUAAUGUGUCACAUUUAUUUGGUUU